CUUGUGGUUUAUUUUAUUUUUAAAAUUUAAAUAUUUAAAAUUUUUUUUCCCGUACAAUUUCACUCUAUCAGUAGGUGAUAGGAGUGUCUGAGUUGGAUACUUGGAAAAAUAAUUGCGACAUACUAAUGAAGAAAAGCAACGCGGAAGAGGCCAAAAAAAGCGAUAAAGUAUAUGUUAGUAAGCAACUUACGACAGCAGACAGAUGUCAGGACCUUGUGAGUUCUGAUAACACGAGUAAGGAGUUGAUAUGGAUUGAAAAGAAAGCUGAAAAAAAUUGGAAACGGUUUGAUCAUCUGUCUGGUGAAAAUGUCAAGAGGUUGGUUGAGGAAUACCUCGGUGAAUCGAGAGUCGGUGAGCUUAAGGAUAAAUUACUGGCCGCAAAUAAAUCAUUUGAGCGGAACUUAAUACCGCCAGAAGCAGUGAAGCCAUCGCCGGUUAUUCCCCGUACAAGUUCUGCUACAGUUGGCUGGAGAUCAUCACAACCCGAGCAUAAUCUUGAAAUUUUCGGGCGUUUGCAUAUCUCACCAAAAAAUACAAUCAUUACGUCUUCACCAGAGGAUUUGGCCCACCAAAAAUUUAUUAUUCUCGGUUGA